GGGAUGAAGGGAGAAUGAAGCGACCGCGGUGUGGGCGACGUCUGGGGAGGCGAGGCUGCCGAAGUCGCGCCUCCGUGUGAACGGUAGCAGCGACCGACCCAGCGUGCGGUGCAGGCGUGUGCGUGGGUGUGGCGACGUGGUGGACAACGACGCUCUCAGCGUGCGUGGGAAGAGCGGCAGUCUCGCUGCUGCAGUGUCCGGCAGCUUUCUUCCAGGCCUCCCGUCCAACGGUCGCCGUCUGCCACCUCGUGUCCCCGAACUCGCUCAGCUCGAACCGGCGAUCAUGGAGAAAAGCGAGAAGAAGCCGAUGCGCUUCUCCUUCCGACGCCGUCCCAAGAGUGUCAGCGUGGACCGAUCCGAGCCGCACAUCGUCGCCGACGCCAACAUAGCCCAGUACUUGGAGAGGAUGCGAUACGUCAGCCAGGAGGAGGCCAUCAAGAUCGACCAGGAGCUCUUCUCGGAGUAUGCAUACAGUUUGGACCAGCUCAUGGAGCUGGCUGGUCUCAGUGUAGCCACUGCGGUAGCGAAGUCCUACCCCAAGGCGACCAUGACCAAAGGUGCCACUGUUCUUGUCUGCUGCGGACCCGGCAACAACGGUGGAGACGGGCUCGUGUGUGCCAGGCACCUCAAACUUUUUGGUUAUGAACCAUCAGUGUUCUACCCAAAGCAGUCCAACAAGCCACUGUUCCAAAACCUGACUAAGCAGUGCCAAGAGAUGGAGGUGCCGUUUUUGUCCUUCCUGCCAGACUCGCAACUGAUUGCAGACUCCUACAAUGUAGUUGUGGAUGCCCUGUUUGGGUUUAGCUUCAAGCCUCCUGUGCGGCCAGAAUUCGCAGACGUGCUCGACAAGAUCAAGAAGGUGAAGAUCCCAGUGGCCAGCAUUGAUAUUCCCUCGGGCUGGGACGUGGAGAAUGGAGGCGACGCAGAAGCUCUGCAGCCGGAGUGCUUGGUGUCUCUGACAGCACCGAAAUUGUGCAGCCGCAACUUCAAAGGUCGGUGGCACUGGCUAGGUGGCCGCUUUGUGCCGCCUGCAUUGGCUGCAAAGUACGAGCUCAACCUGCCACCAUACCCAGGCACCGAGUGUUGCGUCCUUCUCACACCGACAGCCUCCUCGUGAGGCCUCUGCCACUUGAACAAAAGCUGGGCGGCCCUUACUCCAUCUGUUAUUACAGCUUGGUUGUUUUUUUGUUAUCUAAAACUUUCCAAAGGCUAGACAAUGUAGAAUGAUUGCUUGUGGCAUUCACUUCCUCCAACUUUUGCGGGACUCUCAGCAUUAGUUGACGAUGCUCGCAGUUUCUUCCACAGCACACACACCUUUCAGAAUUUCAUUUGUUAGGAUACUUUGAGACAUGUGCACAUGAGUGUGGUUUGUAAUUGAGCUUGUCAGUUGUGCGAUGUAACGACCUCAAGAGAAAUUGUGGGUAAGGCAAAUAAAACAGAAUGUAUGUGCAAUUCUGGGUUGGACAUGUCAGUACACAAAGGAAGACGGCUUGUGAAUUUUCAACUCAUAACUCGCAUUGUAAAUGCUCUUUUGCUUAUCACUGAAGUGUCCAAUUAUCUUUGUCCAUGUCUUGGUAUUUGGUUCCAAGCCAUAUAGUGAGUACGUUAUCGUAAUCUCAGUGCCAAGGCAUGCUAUAUAAAUUUUUAAUAGGUCACGUUAUUGCACUGGAGGUUUUUCAGAGUACCAGGAGUACUACAGAAGGUUUAACAUAUUACAGGAAUGCUAAUAGUAUGUGCAAUUUUCACAAGCCCUAACAAGUUUGCAUACUUUGAUAGUCAUUCAACAGUGGAAGCAGAACACAAACACACUCUGCAAAAGUGCUCUUCACAUUUGCAGAAAGUAGCACCAGGGAAAUGCUGAUAACAUUUUGCCAACUCUCUGUACUCAGCACAAAUGUUGUUGCCUGUGAUGGCUGUGCUAGGUUUAUAAAAGGCGCUUUACUGCCAACCCUGCGCUGUCAUACUGUUUCAUGCUUUGGGUCAUUUAGCUUUAAACAAGGGCUGUUUUGAGAGAACUUUGCCAUAUCAAGUAAUGCUUGGGCAAUUUAUUAUUAUUAAACGACCAGAAACAGAUGCCAGUUAGUAGCACAAGUAGCAAGCUAGGUGGUGCAAGUUGUUGAAUUUGGUGUAGAAUUUUUUGUUGUCCGCAUGUAAAUUAAAAAUGUUAAUUGUUUUGCCUUAGAGGAAGUUCAUGCAUGGCAGGCACAAUUUCAUCAGUGAGCUAAUCUGGUGUGUCAUACAAGCCCUGUUAAGUGAGACCAGCAAUGUUUUUAAGCACAUGUAUAUACAUGUACUGUUCCAGACACUUGGCAAUAUUGAUAAGAGGUAAUGGCUAUGCAUAAUACAUGGCUAUGCAUAAGAAAAGCAGGCAAAGUAUCCAGAGCAGCACUUCAUAAUCCUUCCCAUUGAAAGGCCCAGCCAUGAUAAAAUCUCAUGCGUUCAUCUCUUUCACAGAACUUUGCCGACUGUUUCACCUCCUUUCUACCAUCAUACAAGGCACUUUGAGCCUAGAAUUUCCUUUAUAGUUAGAUGUAUAUGGUAGUUGAGAAAGGAAACGACAUUUUGGAGGGUACAUUAAAGGAGUCACUAAACGUAACGAGUGGUUGCUUUUGAAGGUUUGCAGACCACAGUGUGCAAUCUUCACUGCAAGUUUCGCAGCCACUGAUGCGAGUAAUGAAAACUGUCACUGGUCUCCACGACAGGAUUUUCAUAACAUGCUUGUUGUUCAGCUUUGAAAAUGAUAGCGCAUUCUUGUACCCAAGACAAGCUAGUGUGCAAUCAUGUUACUGUUUAUGCGAGUGGCUUGUUGCGAUUUUGCUAAGGCUCAACUUAUAGGCUGGCCAGAGAGGCAGGGCGUUGAUGUAAUAAUCAUUUUGCGCACCUAUACUUUUCUGAAAGUUUGUUAUCACGUUUUUUUUUUUUUCGGUUUCAAAUAGAUGCAGAACUACCAACAGGCACUUGUUGUACAACUUUGUGUCCGUGAUACACGAAAAGGCCUUUGAAAUUUUCCAGUCCUCUAAAAAGUUGUUCCUCUUCAUGUUUAGCAAGUUUCCCAAAAAUAACCUUCAUCUCACUCCCUUGUCUACUUCUGAUGUGAUCUCUGUUGAGAAUUUUGCAUGAAUUGAAGAUUUUCUGUAUCGGCCCCACUUUCUGCAUUUUGCCCAACAUACCGAUAAGCAUGCUGUAUAGCUUCAAGUUGCUAGUCAUUAGAACCUAUGUAAAAGUAGUGUAACCCAAAGGACUAAUCUUAAUCAGUACAUACAUUAAACUGUGGUGAGAGCUUCAUUACUUGAGGCACACCAGAUGUUUGCAGCCCAAUCUCAAAUGCCAAAUAUUACUAAUCUCACGUGCCUCAUUUUUGAUGCAAGGCCUACAGCACAUGCAUGUUUUGCAAGUAUUGUGAUGUGCUGUAAAUAGAACAUUGCUGUCUCGUUACUUGCGGGUGAGCACUUUCUUUGGGUCAUUACAUCUUUCAUACACGUUUUUACAGAGUGUUUCGUACAUUGGAACAGCCUGUCAGCACUGGUCUUGGUAACCAUUGCUGAAUUUCGACAACCAGGCAGGCUGCCAUGCUCAAGCACAAAUGUAUAAAAUAAAGCCUGUGCUUAAUGCAUAGAUGUUAGCACAGUUUUCAUCAAAAGUUUCAAAGCCACUCGGCAUGUGUUAGUUUGGCAUCGUUCUCUGUUGCAGUGCUCCUUUGGCAUGUGAAAAGUUUGGGAAAGAGUGAAAUAAUUCGUGGAGUAACAAAGAUCAUACGCAGGCCCCAGUACACAGCCCAGCUGCAGGUUUAUUCAGGCACAUUACCUUUGAAACUCUUGACAAAGGCUGUAGCUUUUUUGCAAACAUGCACACCAUAAUCAUUGUUGUCAGAAUGCUGUGCUUGUAAUUUUCUGCUGAGAAAAACGAAGAGUAUUUUCUCGCCCUACACUGUUUGGUGUGUACAAUAGGUACUUCUAUAGCACAAUUGUAUAGGCAUUGUACAAUGCAAUCUAUUCUAUACUCUGAACAGCAGGCCAAAUGAUGUGAAACUUGUGCAAAUACAAAAGGGUGUGCUCAUCAGUGUAGGCAUGCAGCAUUAUAUAUAUAUGCUCUAGAAAGCUGUUUUUGAAUUUGCCAUUUACGGAAUGCAUGAGUGUCACUCAAGUGAGAUCUUAUUGCAGUUGACACAUCUUGCAAAGUCUACAGUUACAUAAGGUUGCCUUUUACCUUCUACUUGGAAUCAGCAUAGAAAUUCAUGGCACUGCUGUGAUUUGCUGCAUUUCUAAUGGUUCAAUUAAGCAAAAUGUAUUGCAACGUCACCCUUACAAUUGAUACAGGAACACAUCUUAACUGGCUGUUGAAGGUUUUAUCUUCACACUGCAUAGUUGUGUGCAGUGCUUCCUGAAUAAGAAGCCAUAUGUGCUUAACUCUGAUAUGGCAAUACUUAGCAUUUUUCCAAAGAAUUUAUAUGAACUCUUAGUAUGAUAGUUAGAGUUGCAUACAGUCAACUGUAUGUUUUAAUUAGUGCUUUCUUAAGGUAAUGUCUUUCACAUUACAAUAGAAAACAAAGCGUGCAGUGCUUAAAAGUGGUCUUGCUUCGGAUUAAAUUUCUAAACACAUGCAAAACACAAUGUCUCGGUGGUUCGAAUUAUGGACAAAUUAGGUAUACAAAAGUAUUCUUUUAGCCGGCAUCUGAUGCUGUGAAGAAGCUUGAAGAAGAGAAAUAUUGCUUCAUAAAAAACUAACUUAACUCUAUACAGUGAAGUAGGGUGCAGUUUUAUGCAGAGAUACUAUAGUACACUUUGGCCUAUGUGUCUUCAUGCAGCACAAUUUGAGCACACCAUGAGGGCUUGGAAGUUAUAUGGGCUGUGCUCCAAAGGAAGCAAUACGUCUAACUUCCUCAAUAUGUGUAGAUAGUGAAGUUACAGUGUCAACAAUGCUGUGCAAAUAAGACAAAAUCACUUGGGAAAAUUUUCACUACGCAACAGUGCUAACCAAAACACACAUCAGCUUUUACACAAAAAGACAGCCAGAUUUCACAGAUUUAAAAAUGCAAAUAAUAGCACAGGUGCUGUACGAAAUAAAAAUCUGAAGCAAUUUGGGGAAAAAAUACUUUGUGUGCCUUGUUUGUAGCACUAAAAAUAAUGGCAUAACCUGCCGAGUAGAGUAGCUAUGUGCUGACCAUAGCAGAAAAUAGCAAGAAAGUCCUGUGCAACACGAGCAGUGUUUAUAUUUUACAAACCUUAUUUUGCAUGUUUUAAGAUGCAGUUACUCAAGCCAAGUUUGGGGAAGCAAAUGUGCCUGGGAAAAUACUAGUAGGAACAAGCUAGAACUCUUUGUCACUCAAGCAGUGAACAGUAGAGUAUGCGUUGUUCACUUGGAAGAGCACUGAAACUGUGAAAUGCGAAACUUUCUGCUUGUAUGUAGUGCUUCCGCUUGUAUAUUAGCGUUGAUGUCAUAACUCCAUGCCUAUGUGUACAGAUUGUAGCGCCACUACAAGCACCCAGUGGCCCGCACAUUUGGGCCUACUACUGAUUUUCCUCGCAUACGUUGCUAUCCAGCUACGUUGUAAACCAUGUUCUGAAUUUUACGCUUUUUAAGGGACUCAUCCUACGAAGCUAAAUAUGGAAAUAUGCUUGUUUGUCCAAGAGUUUACUUAACAUAUUGAGAGUGAAGAGCCUGUGGCAUUAAUGGGAAAAACUAGAGAAGCAUGCCGGCAUAAUGCCUUGUUCACUUUCAUCACGCAUUAAGCAAUUACAGCCUGUUAAGAUUCAUUACAAUUCCCACUCGCGUUUCCCACUCGAACAAUGACUUCUGUAUGAACCAGGAUAAAUGUGUGGAACAAAUAUACCUAAUAUUUAUUCCACACCUAACAAGAGCAGACAUAGGGGGGCAGAGCAGACAAAAAGUACUAUCGACUUUCACAAGUAAAGGAUAGUAAUCCAAAAAUCACACUCUCUUUUGGAAUUUCACCCAGACUUGGACUUUAAGCAAGCUUGUCAAGCUUACACCCACAGGCAAUUAGCAAACUUAAUCGACCAUGCAGUAAACGUGCUAAACUUGGUUUCGACAUGCAGGUCACUGUGUAUCGAUUCCACGAAGUAGUGCCACCAUUUUUUGAAGAGAGAACACACCUUGUGAAGUACUCGCACCAAUUUUCUCCAAACACCUUUUGCAGCUAUUCCCUUGCAUGGUUUUCAUGCAUUUACACUACCACAGGAGAAGUCCUCCCUGCCACCAUUUCUCGACUUGUAAUGUGUGGUCAACUGGCAAUAUUUUUGCAUGUCUGCUAUCUUGACUAUGACUUCAUAUCUACGCCAAACUUCCUUGGCACUGUGUAUUCCUCAGCCAAAUACAUGUGGUAGCACUGCUCAAUGUAUGGCAUCAGAAAAGAAAGCAUGCACUGGCACAAUUAUAAUUGAAUUUUUAUACUUGCUUCUAUUGUGGUUAAGUGUGCAGAGGAUAAAGAAUAAAGCUUUCGCAUUGGCU